GUAACACUGUCUGGUUUGGACAUAUGCAGUUUACACUGGAAUAAUGGGUCGGAAAGCUGGAACCAUAUACAUUAACCCAAAGAAAUAUGGCUCUCUCACGAAACCUUGCAUGAAGGAAUUGAUAACAUUUCUCAAUUGCGUGUCUCUUAACCAAUCAGAUAUUGAUAAAUGUGUCCGGCAAAAGGAACUGUUGAAUGCCUGUAUGGAUGCUCAGGCUACCAGCAAAAGAAAGUCUUGGGGUAGCAUUAAUUACCAUCUGCAGAGGCUUAACCGUGGAAGGAAGUAGAUUUAACUUGGAUGUCCUUCUUCAGAUUCCUCACUUCACUGGUUGAGCACAAGAAGAAAGUUGAUCGGGUAUCCAAGCACGCAAUGUUGAAAUAUCAUUUUUUUAAUUCCAUUUUCUGUAUUCCUGAUAGAAAGUUUUGAACAAAUUUAAUAUACUUUUGUCUUUGUGCUGAUCACCAUAAACCUUACAAUAAUCUUUAAUCUAGAGUCUUAUCUACUA